AUGGAGGAGCUUUUAACACUUCCCCCAUGCCGAGUAAUCAUCAUCGGUGGCGGAGUAUCUGGACUAGCAACUGCAUGCAGUCUCAUGAAAGACUACGACUUAGAUGAUUAUUGUAUCUACGAUCGUCAAACGUCACUGGGAGGAACUUGGAAUGCUAAUAUAUAUCCCGGAUGCGCAGUAGAUAUUCCUGGAUUCUGCUACAGUUACUCAUUCGCGCCGAAUCCUGGAUUCACCCAGUUGUUUCCAUCCCAAGCUGAAAUACUGCACUACCUACUGGUGGUUGCCAAGCAGUAUCGCGUCGACCAGCAUUUCAAAGGAGGUGUGGAAUGGACCGCAGCUUCAUGGCAAGAUAAGUCACGUACCUGGCUUGUUACUUUGAAAGACAUCCAGACACAGCGCGUCUUCAGACAGGAGUCCCAGAUUCUCAUAUCUGCAGUCGGAGGGUUGGUCAACCCAUGCGAAAUCAGCAUUCCCGGUGCUGACCGCUUCAAGGGGAGUAUCAUGCACACGGCCAGAUGGAAGAACGAUAUAGAUCUCACGAAUAAGCAUGUGGCUGUUAUCGGCAAUGGUGCUUCUGCAACGCAGGUGAUCCCAGCUAUCAUUGAUAAAACGAAAUCAGUCACACAAUUCAUGCGGUCACCUCAUCACAUCGUCAACGCGACUAACCAUCAGAUCUCCCCAGAGUGGAGGAAUCUUCUCCGACGCGUUCCUCUCCUUCUUCAUUUAAUUCGCCUGCUCCUCUUUCUCUACAUGGAAAUUACGUGGUUCCGAUUCCAGAACAACCGUUUAGGGAAGAUCGGACGAGAAUCUGUCAAAAAUAGAAGCCGGACGUAUGUUCAAGACACAGCACCAAAGAUCUACUGGGACAUGCUUAUCCCCACAUACGAGUUCGGAUGCAGGAGACGGAUUUUCGACCGCGGAUACCUCGCGACCCUACACAAGAGUAACAUGUUUCUGACAGAUGAUCCCAUUUUGGAGAUCAGUGAGGACUCUGUUAUUACACACUCAGGUGAAGCUUUUCGCGUUGAUACAAUUUUACUUGCCACUGGAUUCGCUCUCACCCAGUACGAUGUAGAUUUACGUGGACGAAAUGGCAAAACUCGCGAACAGCAUUGGAAGCAAUAUGGUCACAAGGCCACUUACAAAUCCAUAGCUAUGCAUGGAUUCCCCAAUUUCUUUUAUAUUCUGGGACCUAACUCAGGACGACUUUAUACAUCUACUAUUCAGAUAAUUGAAAGUUGCUAUGGUAAUGCAAGCCAUCAGACCAAUACUUCUCCACCAAGCCUCAUCGGUGGAGGUCAAAAGCACCCGCGAGCGGGAAUAUGA